AUGGGAGGAUAUUCUUCACUGCUGACGAUCGGCUCUAUGAAUUCGUCUAUGAGAAUCCCACACAACACUGGUUGGUUCGGCGGAGGUCGAAAGUGUCGUGUGGUCAAUCAGUCAGUCACACUGUUGAGCACCCUGAUCCCAUUUCUCGGACCUGGGAGUGAGGAUCUGGAACAGAUAGCUAUCGACAAAUCACGAAAUAUACUUUACUAUCUGGGCAAGAACGGCUCAAUUCAGGUUUUCGACCUUGGUGCUGAUGGCAGUCAGUGCUCUAGAGUCUGCGUAGUGAGUGCUGGGCAAAUAGCUAUAAGUGUAGUUAAGCUUUGUUUUUACUUUGUUGAGAAUAAAUUUGAUAGAGCGAGGCACGGACACGAGGAGAGUACAUUUACGAAUAUUGCGACGAUAUGUGCCCUCGAAGCAGUACGAUCGAAUCAGCUCAGUCUGGUUCCUAUCACCACCAAAGGAGUUCGGAUAUACUUUUCUGUAUUAGCACGCACUGUUCCUGCGCCUAAUCAACAAGGCCAGUAUCUGUCGCAGAUAACGUCUAAGUUAUCGUCAACUCAAGUUUCUAUCGAAUGUCUCCGAGUAGCACAUGUUAUAUUCUCACCAGGACUUGCUCCUACCUCUGUAUACCGAGAUACUCCCCAGGGAGUUUCUAUAGCUUACGCUGACGAAAGUAUAUGCGUUAUGGCUACUGCGAGUCGUCAGCUAGUCUUGGCUCUGUCAGAUCUAUAUCAUCCGCACUCUAAGGAUGAUCUGGAGGUUGCUGGUAAUGCGUGGGCGAUCACUGCGAUCUCAGAGAAGGGAGUUCACGAGUUUGACUAUGUCACCCUGCGCGAUGCCCUGCUUAAAGCUCUCUUCGAUGGUGGACCUGAAGGAACGGCUGCUGUUCAGUUGUUGCAGCAGUUUGGA